CACGUCAACAGAUUUGAACGGUCCUUCUCGGACAUUUAUUUUAAAAAUGUUAGAACGAAAACAAGUUUGGUUAAUAUUUUUCUAGCGAUAUUCCAGAGAACAACAAUCUCUGACCAUAUAAAAAAUUACACGCCUAACAAAUGUUUGUUUAUAUUAUGGAAAAUGUAUCUAGUGUGAAAUGUGGCAACACUUAAUUCUAAGUGAAAGUAAUCUCGACAUUUGCAUCUUCCGUGCGGGCGUUCAAAUCUUUGUUUAUAUAAUCAAGAUCAUUGAGAAAUUUUAACCAAAGAAUAAUAAUUAAAUUAAUAUGACGAACGAGAAAGAAUUAUUGGUGUUGGAUUUCGAUCAUACGAUAAUAAAUGAAAAUAGCGACGUGUUUGUGAUCAGAUUAGCUCCCGAAGGUCGACUACCGCCACGUAUAAAAGAAUUAUACAAACCGGAUGGUUGGACACUCUACAUGAAAACAGUCUUCCUCUAUCUUUAUCAGAAUAACAUUCGACCAGCGGAUUUCUUCGGAUGCUUGGACAAAAUCUCGUUGGUAACAGGUAUGAAAGAGUUAUUAACUAAUUUGCACGCCACCAAAAGAUUCGAAAUAAUUAUAAUAUCGGACUCCAACACGGUUUUUAUUAAUUACAUCUUAAAAAAUGCCGAAUUGGAUUUCGUCGUCGACGAGGUGUUUACGAACCCGGCUUAUUUCGAUUCGGAAGGUUGCCUUCAUUUAAAAGAAUACCAUCUGCAGGAUUGGUGCGAUAAGAGUUCGAAGAACUUAUGCAAGGGUUCCAUUCUCCAAUCAUAUGUGGAUAAAAGAAAACAGGAAGACAUUAGAUUUUCCAGAAUAUCCUACGUGGGAGACGGACAAAACGACUUUUGUCCUCUCUUAUGUCUUUCUCGGAACGACUGUGCUUUUCCACGAAUAGGUUACUCUUUGUGGAAGAAAUUGAAAGGGGAAAAAAUCGUUUCUUCCGUUUAUCCCUGGGAAACUGGAUUCGACAUAUUAAAUGUGCUUUGUCCAGCAACCUUUUAGUUAUUAUAACUGGAGCUUAAUCGAAUUAUUUGAUAUGGACAGUUGAGACAUAUUAAACACCGUUGUACUUAAAUUAUAAUUAAAUUAUUUUUUGGAAAACAA